AUGAGACGGCUGAACCGGCAGCCAAGAAAGCAGCUGUUGAGGAUUUCUCCCCGCAAGGAGAUUCUGGGCAAGGAGAUCCAGGAGGAAAGGGUCGGCAAGCUGCUUGAGCAUCUUUCCGCCUUGGUGGGAACCUCCAACGGGAAAACCACCUGCAUGGCCCAUUUCCAAUCUUCCUCGCCUGAUGCAGUGAGACCGACCAAAGGGCACGUCCACAUCUGUAUGCUCAAUUUUCUGACUGAGCGAGGAUAUGGUUUUGAGGUGACGGUGUCUGAUUGUGUGCCCUUUGCUCAAGACAUCCUGUCUGGACAUUGUUCCCAGAUACUGGAGAUUGAAACCCUCGAGGGCAAGGGCGACGAUGCUUUGAAUCCUCGCGAUAAGAUGUUAUUGGGCUAUGCAGCCGGAGGUGCAUUUGUGAACAGUUUGAUGCUGGGCAGCCUCGGCCUCAUCGCCCUGGUCUGCUUGACCUUCUCUGCGAAGGCGAAAGAGUUGCCGGCGUCCGUGACUGAGAUCCUGUCGCAGGUGCCCGUUGUUUGCCCCACCAGAGGCAAGGGGCAGACACCGCAGGACCGCACUGUGAAUGCACUGCACAAGACGUUGAAGGCGUCGCAGUACAACCGGCGCCUGACCCUUGUUAUGAUUGCUUCCACGCUACGAAGAUCCUUGGAAGCCAGGCUUGCCAAGAUCUCGCCUGACAAGGACACCGACUUGGCUUCGGACUCCGUCAUGCGGGAGAUCAGGGCCAUCAUUAAGGCCUUCAACAACAAAGCCUCGUUCAUGCCGAAGUCUCAGGUCAAACCGCGGCAAGAAUGGGCCCUGCGACACUCCCUUUCCGCCAAGCAUAUGCCUGAGGUUUGGCAUCGGGUCCUGCAAGUCUCCCGUUCCGCUUACUGGAACGACCACCUCCUGGAGACUCGCGGCUUCUUCGUGGGUUUGAGUGCGUCCAGCCCUCAGACUUUGCCUCCUCAAAUCUCCUCUCCUGAUGUAUCCUUUCUGUCUGACGCUUGUGUGAUGUCCCCUGCUCGUUUGGCAAAUGUCAGGCGUGACGUGGCACACGAAGAGAUGGAACAAUUGUACAAGGCCACGACUGAGACCUCUUUUUACAUCCUGCAGAGAAUUCAGUCGGGACGUGUGCCGGGCUGCGACUUGGACAAGCCCAUCCCGACCAGCCUGAUCUCCAGCUUCGUCUCCAGAGUUUGCAUUGUCUUCAGCAUUGCGAGGACAGUGCUGGAUCCGAUUUCCACUGACUUCGGAGAGAAGCUCUUGGAGAACUUCGAGGCCGGUCGCCUGAGUGCUCGCCUGGACGACCUGGCCACCAUGCCUGUCAAGGAGGACCAACAAAGGGGUAAGAAAAAAGAGGAGAUGGCUGAGAACGCCGAAGCAGAAAAGGAGAAAGAAACCGCGGAACAGGAAGCUGUGCAGGAGGCUGAGGAAAAGCUCUGCCUCGCGAACCUCAAGCAUGAUUGGGAGAUCUACGAGGCAUGUGCUUGCUUUCUUUUUUUCAAAUUGCCCACAAUUACUCCGCCCAGUCAAAGACGAAUGCUUUGCCGCCAGGCUUGGCACUGUACGUCUGCCGUGACCAUGGAUGAGUGGAGAGAUAGCCAGCAAUCCUGGCAGAAGGACUUUUUCAUGUUUCGCGACCUCGCAGACUUCUGCUUAAUUGCUUUACAUGAACGCCACAACAUAUUGUGGAAGGAGGCCGGGCGGCGGCUAGGCUCUCUGGCCACUGUGGACCACCUCAGCAAGGAAUGCUAUGCCACGAGGGUGCCCUCGCAGGUCCGAGGAGUCUUGUCGGGAGAAAUGGCAGAUGCUGCCGUGCUUGUCGUGGCUGACCUACAAGGGCACGUACCGCAUUGCGACCUGGAACGCACGUUUUGCGACACCAUGGCAAGCAUCCCUGAAGCGGCGAAACUUCUGCUGUUCACGGAUGUGCCGCCCCGCCGACGCAAGACCGAGAAGACCGUGCAGAUGCCAAGCUCCAUGCAGGUGGACGCGGACGAGGCGGAGGAGAGCGAUUGCGAGCCUGAGGAGCAGGACGGCGACCACUCACUCCCUGCCGUCCGUGCCGAAGGCAAUGUUCGCCUGACGUUGCCUGAGAAGCAGACGAUGCUGGCUGAGCACCGAAAAGUGCUGAGCAAGCAGCUGUCUGAGACCUUUGGCGACGGUGUGAACAAGCACUUCGAGCUGCCGUUCACACUGCUGUUCAACAUGCCACUGCAGGGCCGGCUGACGAUGGACGGGCUUCUUGUGCAGCCGAUCAAGGGCAUGAGCUGGCUAGAUGGCACAUGCUUGGCGUCCCGUGGGGUCGGCGUGCUGCAGCGACCCGACAAGGUCGUCAAGUUCAGCAAGGAGGCCACCCGGAACAUGCGCAAGGAGCAGUGCGGACCCACCAGUGUCGCCAGGAACGGUGUGAAUGAGGGCCAGCGGCUUCAGAAGGGACCCGGCAUCUGUGGACACAUCCUGAUUUCUCUCGUGCGGCAAAAGCUGCACAAGGCAGGCCUGAUCGUGGUUGACCUCUGUUGCGCCCAAGGCGACUGGCUCCUGGCCAUGGUGGCUGAGCAGAUGCACAUCGAACUGCCUGACCGCUACGACAUGGAUGAUGACGAGGUGCCUCUUGAUGGAAUGCCUGACAUACCCAUGAAGUACGUCGGCUUCGACACGCGGGAACAUGCAGUCGGAUUUGCAAGCAUCCGAGCCCAAUCCGAAAUCUAUGAGAGGCUGAGUGCUUCCGAGCUCGGCUAUGCCGCCCCUCCCGUCUUGCAGGAUGACAAACCCGAGCCGGUCUGGCAGAACCUGGUGGCUGAAGUGAACCGCCAGCUGAAGAUCCUCAAGGUGAAGAACAAAGAUGGCAGUCUGACGGUGCCCGCCCCGAAAAAUUUCAAGCUGCAGCGGGACAGCGUCUUGGAAGCCUUGGAGGUGCUGCAACGUGAGGCAGCAAGACUCGGCCCACGCUUUGGCGAGACUGAGAAAGAGAAGACUGAGAAGAAACCGGCUACACAGCCGGUUUUGCCAUGCAUGCCCGUGUCUGAGCUCAUGGCUCUGCCUUAUUUCGAGGCUUCUGCCUAUGAGGACGAAGACGACCCCGCCCCGUUGAAGACCGUUAUCGUUCAAAGGUCUGAGGGCGAUGGUUCUGGCUGGCAGCUCUGGCUAGCAAACCCAACGGCUGAUCCGCUCCAGAUGAAGAAAAGAAGCCCUGUGGUGCCGCUGGGCCAGCUCGCCAUCGUCGAAGAAGCCGACACGGAUGGCUUUUGUUUGCCCUUUGAAGUGACCGGCAUGAACAAUAUCCUCGGCUUCCUCCUGGACGGCGACCCCUAUUUCUUGACGGUGACGCAGACCCUCAAGAAGAACGAGAUCGUCGUGGACUCUGCCAACAAGGCCUUGGCUUUGAUGUACGGACACAAGACGACAAUCAAGGCCAAUGGUGCUUUGAGCAUCAGCCCUGCGGGUACUUUGAUUGCCACCGAACGCCUGAGCCCCCUCAGCUUCACGGUGGAGGAAAUGAAAAAGUUCACAGCGGAGGAGAAAAGCGUCCGGCUGAAUCGUCUGGGGCAGCUCUUCUGGACCAUGGAGUCCAAAAAAAACAACAAAUUUCUGUGUCUUGGCUUGCUUCCUUUCACAUACCUCUUGAGUUACUGGUCUUACAACCAUAUACAACCAUGCUGGACCUUCCUGUAA